UUUUGAGGAAAUCGUUCUAUGGAAGUCUGACGUUCGUUGCCGUAGUUAGAAGAUACCGUUUCUUGGUCAUAUUCUGAAGCAAAUUAAUCCGGUCGAUCCGGUCCGCCUCCUCACUCUGCAUCCUUAAGAUCCAUUUCAAUUUUAUCCUUUCGUAUACGCCAAGGUAUCGUAAGUUGAAUCUUUUGCUGCAGGUAAAAAGUGUUAAUAUUCAUGGAAACGUGUAGGUGUACAGUCGGCAUUUCAAGUAUGUGAAAAGCGACUGUCAUAAAAACUUUUCUUCAGAGCGUAGAAUUGCCGGCUGAAUAGUUCCGAUUAUGAAAAACGACACCUAACGCGAAGACGCGUAUGUAUAGUACAUUCUUUUUCCACACAAACCCAUGGGAUAGGUGUUCCUGUGCGAAUAUUAUACAGCAGUAGACUUGGUGGUUGCUGUCUCUUUUUCUUUUAAAUAGAAGUAAAACAAUAGCGUUGCAGUAGCAUAAAGUAAGCAUGUAAAUGUUACGCAUUAAUUUAUUUAUUUAUGGUUUAACUACACUGUUAAUAGCUUAUCCUAUACAGCGGCGAAUGUUAGGGUGCAUAAUGGUUUUGAAAGGUCGUGGUGUACUUUUAGCUAAUGUCCAGGCAUUUGAUUGGAGAGACUGAACAUAACCUCAAACGACCUCAAAGCACUGGGCAUGAUGGUCUGUCAUUGGGCCGAGAUUCGAACUCAAGAUCUCCCAAAUAAAAUUCGGUGUGGAGUAAGUUACAGUUUAUGAGGAAGGAACAAGGGCAGAAGGCAUUGUUCUCUGAUUGUCCCUCAUACUUUCAGAAUCUGAAUUUAUAGUCCUGAAUGAUUCAGGUCAAUGAAUUUGUCCAUACUGUCACGUUCAUUUCCUGGCUGAAUAUAUUCCAUGGUAUUUAUGCUUAAGGCCUUGUUUACUAACAUGUAUUAUUUAUCUCAUAUAUUUAAAUCAUUUUACAUCUUUAUUCCAGUUGCAGUAACAACAUAUCUUUGUCUAGAAUUUACGUCUGUUGUUUGGCCUCUCACAAGCAACAAGGAAACAGAAGUUUAUGUGCUGAGGAAGGAAGUACAGUUUCUCAGAACAGUACUACGAGACAGAACGAAUAGCUUAAGAGAACAAUAUGAGAGGGAUCUCGUGGAUCGGCUACAAAGAAGGGAAAUGGAUCUCUGUACAGACACUAUAUGUGAUGAACUCAGCAAGGUGAAUGAUAAUUCUGAACAAAUUGUGAAAGAAGCACUUCAAAUGUAUGAUAGUAUGAUGACAGGCCGAAUGGACUUUGCCUCAGAAAGUUUAGGUGCUUAUAUAGUAAGUACACGUGAUACCAAGGACUAUGAUUCAAUGCAGUUGGGAACUGAGGGACGUUCAGUACAGAAAAUCAUACAGGGUUGUGUUGUGCCUGGCGAGUGCUGGGCAUUCAAAGGCACAGCUUCUGUAGUUAUUCAGCUAAUUGGUGAGGUCAACGUUGAAGCAGUGUCAAUUGAGCAUGCUUCAAGUGCCCUGUUGUCCAAAGAAGAAAUAAACAGUGCACCAAAGGAUUUCUCUGUGUGGGGAUUAAAUAGCCUUGAUGUUGAAGGACACUACCUUGGAAGUUUCUCCUAUGAUAUCAAUGGCAGCCCUCUGCAGACUUUUACAAUUCAGGAACCACCGGAAACCCCAUUCCAUUUAAUUGAGCUCCAGAUUCACUCAAAUUAUGGGAACCCAACGUACACAUGCCUUUAUCGCUUCAGAGUGCAUGGCAGUAUGACGUAUUUUGGACAAACACAAACACAAUCUCAAAUUGAAAGUGAAUAACAGUGUGUUAUGUGUUUUACUUGGUAUUAUCUUUGAAUUUAUUCUUUAGUAUUAGUUUCUAUAAUUUAUUAUUGUAUAUUUAAACUUUCUGAAAUAAGAAAUAUUUGUUUUUAUAA